GCUUGAAUUGACCAUUGCUUCAUGCAUCCUCCUUGUCUCCGCACUAAAGGUCGAUAGGAUUGAAGAAUGUUGCGUCACAUUUGCCACCGCCGCAUCGGAUUGAUCGGGUGUCGAAGCUUUUCUGUCUCUAGCAAUGCCGUCGGCUUCAUUGGUCUGGGCAAUAUGGGCUUUCCAAUGGCGCACAACUUGCUGAAGGCAGGAGUGGACGUGCUGUGUUUUGAUGCCAACCGCGCCAACGUUGAUCGCCUCGUGCUACUCGGUGCGAAACCUGCUGCUUCUGUCGAGGAGGUAGCAGCCCAAACAAGUACGAUCUUCUCGGUGCUACCUAGGGACGAAAUCGUCACAAGCGUCGUUAUCGGAAAUGAAACAAAGCAUGGAUCGGGUUUGCUGGCCAGCAUGGCACCUGGCGCGUUACAUGUCGGCUGCUCUACGAUCCACCCGAACACGUCACGUACUCUUGAUAUCAAGCACCUUGAGGCGAAGACGAAAUAUGUUGCAGCUCCUAUUUUUGCACGUCCUGACGGCAUGGAAGCCAUGCAAGCGAACUUCGUCGUGUCAGGCUCCGAUGCCAGCGCUGUGGAGCAGGCGUCUCAAUGGCUACAUAAGUGCACGAAUGGACGAGUGGCGUCGUUCAGCUCAGAGGAUCCUGGCGCGGCGAACGCAGUGAAGCUAAGCGGCAACUUCCUCAUUGCUUCAGCUAUCGAGUCAAUGGCCGAGGCAUUGACACUACUGGAAGCGAACGGCGUGGAUCGUGUGCAGGCCAUGGAGUUCUACAGCAGCACGUUCUUAAAGUCAGUUAUCCAUAAAGGAUAUGGCCAGCGCGUGUCCGAGCGUGACCACCGUCCCGGUGGGUUUGCACUGGAGCUGGGCUAUAAGGACCAACGUCUGACUCAUCAAUUGGCGAUGGAGUCACAAGUGCCAAUGCCAUUCCUGUCCACACUCAUCGAUCGCUUCUUGAGUGAGCGAGCAAAGGGCCGCAGCGAUCUUGACUGGUCCGCUAUUGGUCUCGGUGUGUGUGAAUCCCGUGGUGUAGACGUCUCGGAAGCCAUUGACCGCUCUCGUGCGGGGCAAGCGCCAACACCACGCACAAUGUAGCUUGGCCAUCUUGUUGAAGGUUAAUAAUACCGGUAUUAUUGUUUUGCUGGAUAAAAUAAAGCCACCUUCAAGC